UACCGGGGGUACGCUGAGAAACUGCGCUUGCAGCAUGGCGCACUCUGCUGUUCUUCGGCCGACCCCACAUUGCAGCUGCGCGGAGGUCCUUGCGCAGCCUUAAGCCGAUCAUUCUUCGAUAAACAAACAGAUUUUUCUCAGAGUAGAAGAACGAUUGAAGACCCGAGAUUCGAUUUCUGUUAUUUAAGUAGCAAAUCACCGAACACAAUAAUUUAAUAAUCGUAGCAUAAAACAAUUAAGUGGCGAGAACGGCUCGCGGUUACGACUCACGUACGGAAAAUCGAUAGUUGAUGUUGUGGAGUAAGAUGGUGAAAGGAUGAUGACGAGUUAUAUCUUUGAAGUGACCUUGUUCCAGCAUCACAAGAGACUUUUUCGAUAGAAAAAUGUCUCCCAACUCAUCUACCGAUUUUCUUGAAUGAGAGGAGCCAAACACCCCUCACUGUGGAACUUAAACGAGCGAUAACACGUGCCGGAAUCCAGGACUGAUCAUUGAUUGUAGCUCCUCCUCCUCAUCCUGGUUUCGGUGCUCCUUUUUUCGGGAAGCGGCAAUUACCGUCUGUAAUUUUCAUGGUAUGGAGGACACUGCCCUUUCGAAUGUGGUCAAAGCUAGGCAAAUCUAUCAAGAGCAACAAGCUAAUCGUAGAUGUGCGAGCUGGCUUAGUAUGAAAGCUGGUGGGUGUGAGACUGUUUGAGUGGAGCAAUGGGGAACAAGUUGAGUUGUUCCUGUGCCCCGCUCAUCAGGAAAGCCUAUCGCUAUGAAGACUCCCCUUGGCAGAAUGCCAGGAGACGGGAUGGACAUCUGCUUAGUCGUUCCAGGUUAUGGGCGGAGGUGUUCCAUGUGAGUGCAACGAGCGGAGCUGUGAAGUGGCAGCAAGUGUCGGAGGACCUGGUUCCUGUCAAUAUCACCUGCAUCCAAGACACCCCGGACUGCGUCUUCCACAUCACAGCUUAUAACUCUCAAGUGGAGAAGAUACUCGAUGUUCGCCUUGUCCAACCAGGAACACGAUUAGGUCAGGCUUCGGAAUGCUUUGUGUAUUGGAAAGAUCCUGCAACGGGAGACACGUGGGGCUUAAAUUUUACUUCGCCUAUAGAUGCAAAGCAGUUUCGAGAAUGUUGUUCCCCUUCAUUCAAAUUUUCGAGAAAGGCUUCCUCGUCAUAUUCUUUGAAACUGGAACCACCAAAACAACAAAAAACAAAAGGAAAGAGAAAGCCACAAUCAACACCCAGUUCACCUUCUCGAAGUCGAGAGCUGCAAUGCACCUGCAUGACGGCGGAGAACCUGCACCGGGCCCGCAAUGGCCGGGUCCGCUACACGGGCGCCGCCACCCUGCCCCGAGUGCAGCCACGAUCAGUGGACGAUUACAAAAUCUCCUACGACAACCGUGGUGGUAGUAGCCGGACUCAUGCCUCUACAACCUCCGUAUAUGAUAACAUGGGUGGACAGUCAACGCGCCGGGGCACUACAACAGCAAGCGUUCAUGGCGGCGCUCACAAAAUAAACAGGUUAGAUCCUAACUCAGCAGCAAUGCAAGGCACAGCAGCAUCAACUACAUCUGGCAACACUAUGGUGAAGACCUCCCUUCAAGAGAGAAUUUCAGAUGUUAGUGGCUCUGAUAGAUAUCAACAAGAUAGGUUAGGUAGACAAGAUACUGCCCGGCAACUUUAUGCACAGUCAACACGAAAGGAACAGGCGAAAAGCAUAGAUUGCAGUCUUGUUUCCGAACGAAAGGAGAGACAGCGUACCGACGAACUUCAACCUCAGUCCCGGAACAAGAGCAAGAGCUCGGACAAUGUCUUUGAACAGUCACAGGUCGAUGUCCCGGGACUCAGUUUGGAUAGUGACACUCUAAAACGUAUGUUGCAUCCCCUUCCUACCAACUCUAUGCACAGUUCCCCAGAACAGGAGGCUGAAAUCAUGCUUAAAAGAAGGCUGCUAAGGAAGCUCAACAGCGAUGAUUCUCGGGACUCACAGAGAUCCUUUUCAGCCAACAGAAGUCGACAACACAGAUCAGAAACUGGGAGACGUAGAAGUCUCGAACGUACCAUGUGCUUGGACUUGCCAGAUCCCGACGCAUCCCCUCCUUCCGACCAUUUCCUUUACGAUAAUCACUGCUAUGUAACCCCUCCUAAUUCAAGCAAUGAUAAUAGUGACGCGGAUCGACCUUAUGUCAGUUCCGACGAAGGACAUGGACACCACGCACCAACUCAUACACCUAGCUCACCUACUAGCAGGCUAUUACUAGAGUAUGAAAUGCACUUGCGCAACGCCUUAGCUCGAGGCCUAGAUGCCGAGAGUUACAGUCUGCACACCUUCGAAGCCUUAUUAAGCCAGUCAAUGGAAAAUGUUGUUGCUUUAAUGCGUGAGGUGCAUGCAGAAUUGGAGGCCAUCAGGCAAGAAGAGAGGACCAUCACUCACCUGGAUGGGAUGACUGGAAAUGUUGAAAAAACUUUGAGUGGGAAGUGCAACACGUUGCCUCUGCCGCCUUUCAGUCGUCAUCCCGUGCUUUCCUCUGGUGGUCUGUCAGCAGGAAGCUCAUUUGAAAUAAACCCGACUACAUCCAUACCCCAACAACCAUCAAUCGAGAGCACAGAUUCUCGCAUCUACCUCACUUCUUCAGAAAUAUCAGACGACGAUCGACUGUCGUUGACGACGGCUCUGAGUGAAGAAGAAGAUGGAGAAGCGAGAAAUUCUCCCUAUCGAGCUCGUUCUGGAUCAGCUGCCGCUUCUUUCAAUUGCACAGGAGCCGUUCGUAAAGCUGGAUUUUUAAGCGUGAAGAAAUGGCUUCUGCGCAAGAAACAGCAGGUAGAGCUGGCUAGAAAGCGAGGAUGGAAAGGAUAUUGGGUGUGCUUAAAAGGAACCACGUUACUUUUCUAUCCAUGUGAUAACAGAGAGAGUCGAGCAAUCGACUCUGCUCCCAAGCAUCUCAUCAUAGUCGAUGGAGCAAUCAUGCAACCAAUCCCAGAGCAUCCCAAACGAGAUUACAUCUUCUGCCUAAGCACAGCAUUUGGGGAUGCUUACUUAUUUCAAGCUCCAUGCCAUGUUGAACUUGAAAACUGGGUGAAUAGCAUUCAUUGCGCUGAUGCUGCAGCAUUCGCCAGACAUCGAGGUAAAACUGGGACCUUACACCUACUGCAAGAAGAAAUAUUUAGGCUAGAAAAAGAAAUUGAAUCAGAUUUUAAAAUGAAACAUAUGGCGGAAUUACAACUAACUGUUGUAGCAGAUGCUGAAAGCAAAGAACAGCUGAAUAAUCAAAUUAGUCAAUUUGAAGAAAACAUGGAACGGUUGCAUUGUGAACAGUUUCGACUACGGUGUUACAUGUCUUCUUUACAAAAUGGAGAACUUCCCAAUCCAAAGAGUUUGUUAACCCACGUUUCAAAAGCCACUAAGGCUACAUUGAACAAACUCGGAGUGUUCACAGUGUCCUCGUUCCACGCAUACAUCUGUGCUCGAAGCCCUUCCCUGCUGACAAACCUCCUGUCUGGAAGGGGGGCGACUAAAAGGCGAUCUCUAUCAAGAUCUAAUAGUGGAAGACGUUCUUUGAGUCUUUCCACGACCUCUAGUUGUAGUUUAGAUUUACCAUCAAUGCCAGAAAGACAAAUCAAAAUACAAAUCCCUGAUAACCAGAUUGUAUCGACGACGUCUCUAAACGUUAGAGAUAAUAUGACAGUGGAAGAAGUUCUCUGGAGUGCCUGUGGUAAAAAGCAACUUUCACCUAAUGAUCAUUUCUUCAGGGCCAAGAAAAGAAAAGACGUCGACGAAUAUUUUGUUCCCCCACGAACAGAACUCAUCGAAAAUUUAGUCAAUCAAUAUGAAGUAUUAGAAGUAUGUCCUAAAGUACUAUAUCAAGUUGAACUAGGUCGCCACAGUCAAGAUCAGUUAUUUGGCUUCAGCGUAGAAGCAGAGCUUGUAGAAAAUGUAGAACAUCAAGAUGAACUUUGCGUCUACGUCAGUAGAGUUGAAGAAGGCAGUCUUGCUCAUCAGCAAGGUCUGAUGAAAGGCGACGAGAUAAUGGUGAUAAAUGGUGCCAUAGUUAGUGACUUGGACAUGAUGUACAUCGAAAGUGUAUUGCAAGAAGAGCAGUCUUUAUGUAUGAUGAUGCGAUCUUCGAGAACAGAACCUCCUGAUCUAGCAAGUGCCAUGAGAACUACGACUGAUGACUACAUCGAGUCACUUGUCUGCCCUCCUCCGCCUGGCGACUCGGUCAUCUCAGAGGACAUGAUAGGAAAACUCAUUGUCCCCUCACCCAUGUGGUGCAAAGAAGGUGGAAAUUUGCUCAAAUCUCAACAGUCAAGUUCUAUUGAGAGAUCUCCUGAAACUUCUGGUCGACCGACCCCUUCUCCUGUUCCUAAUGCCGAUACCUCAGCGCUCUCUGUAGAUCAAAUUGAUAGCAUCUUGAAGGUAAUUGAAGAUUCAUGCAGAAAGACUGCAGAUACAGUCACAGAAUAUUGCCGGGCUCCUUUGGAAAGGAGAAGCUCUAGUCUCGGUGGUGCUAGCACAGCGAGCAGUGGUUCUGCAAGCAUACCCUAUAUGCCUUCAAGACAACUAUCCGACGGUGAGAAACUAAGGAAAGUGAUUAUGGAACUUAUAGAUACAGAAAGAACUUACGUAAAGCACCUGAACAGUUUGCUAGAGCACUACCUUGAGCCAAUGAAGAAAGAAACGUUCCUGUCAAACGCUGAAAUCAACGCACUUUUCGGCAAUAUACAAGAGAUUGUACAGUUUCAAAGAGUUUUCCUUCAGAGCUUAGAAGAAGCGAUAUCCGCUGAACCGGACUUUGCUAAAUUCGAGCUUCCUUCCCAAUUCAAGAAUGUCUUGUUUGCAUUGGGAAAUUCUUUUCUGUACUAUGCAGAUCAGUUCAAGUUGUAUAGUUCGUUUUGUGCCAGUCACUCAAAGGCUCAGAAAGUGCUUCAUCCAGGCGAGGGGAACGCGGCUCUCGUGGAAUUCUUACAGUCCCGCAAUCCUCGAGGCCAGCAUUCCUUCUCAUUGGAGUCCUACCUCAUCAAGCCAAUACAGCGGAUACUCAAAUACCCAUUGCUUCUGCAACAGCUCAAGCACCUCACUGAUCCUAUAUCGGAGGAGCACCAACACCUUGCAGAGGCUCUGAAGGGUAUGGAACGAGUAGCAGAACACAUAAAUGAAAUGCAAAGGAUUCACGAAGAGUAUGGUGCAAUAUUUGAUCACUUACAUCGACAACAUCUGAAAUCUUCUAAGCAACAUGUAGAUCUCAGCUCAGGAGAACUACUAUUCUACGCUGGCGUAGAAUGGCUGAAUAUUUCAGAAUUCUUAGGCAAAAUUAAGAAAGGUUUAGAACUGUAUGCAAUGUGUUUUGUAUUUAAGACAGCUGUAGUUUUUCUAUGCAAAGAAAAGAUUCGACAAAAGAAAAAACUUAUGGGAAGCUCAAAUAAAAAUAGCACUUCAGAAGUAGAAAUAAUUAGAUAUCAAGUUCUAAUUCCGGUUACUGAAGUUCAAGUUCGUUCAAGCAAUCUAAAAGAUGGAGAUUCACACUUUUUGUGGGAACUCAUACAUCUCAAAUCUCAGCUUCAACGACGGAAUGAAAAAAUUUACCAACUUUCAAACAGCACGACCGAGCUUAGGAAUUCUUUCCUCCGUACUAUUCGACAAAUCAUUCGAGAGAGUGUUCGCAACAUGACAGUUCCUGCCACGAAAGGAAGCGGGGUGAGGGAAAAAUCCCCCCACUCCUCCAAGAAAGGAGAAAGCAUGACAAGGACUCUAAGCGCAAAGAAGAGGUCAUCCAGGCACUCUCAGAGGCACUCAGCUGGUCACUUCGAUCGUGACUACAACACAGAAACCUACGAUAACGUCGAUCCGAACUUCAGAACACGAAGCAGAACAGUGGCAGAUGGCAUGGACGAUAUGAGUAACUCUGUCAGGGAUUUGCGAGGAGACUCACGAGGACACUCGCCGCUGACACUAGAUUCAGAAAAGUCAGAGAGGUCGGACCGAUCAGAUAAAUCCGAUAGAUCCGACAAAUCUGACAAAUCCCAUGACGGAAGCAGUAGCGGGGGCAGUGGCAAGCUAAAACCAGGCAAUCUGGGAACCCCCAGAGCGCUCAGUCUUAGCGCAACGUCGUCAUUGUCCAACUCAAGUAUGGGCAGCUCAUCAGCGAAACUCAUUCAAUCGAGCAAUCCGCCAUCGAGCUACCAUCCCCAGACGGUGCAAGCUAGUUCUCCAAUCUGGAAACCGAGAGAGGACUCGUAUGACAAAGCCUCAACGCUUCCGGCCACCUACAAAGGCGGUAAGGAACCGGAAACGAAGCAGUACUUCGUAUACGACGAGUACGGAUCUGCCCUAUACGUUAUCCCACCGACGAUACCUAAAAAAGAACAGACAACCACUAUGUCAAGUAAACAAUCGGACUGCUAGCGAAGGAACUGUUAGUGCCAGAGUUGCCUUGUAACAAGUAUGGGAGAUUUAGGUCAUAUUUUUCAAAAAAAUAAAAAUAAAAAAACGAGCGUUUUAGUCUUAACAAAAUAUUUGGUGCUCUAAUUAUAUUCCCAAAGUCUUUAAAUGUGGACUUCAUUUGACGGAUAUUUUCACAGAUAGAUUGCAAAUACUAAUCGAAUAGGAUAUUAUAAGUCAUAAUAUAUAUACGAACCAAGUUUAUGAAGAUUUUAAUCUGUAGGAGAAUAAAUUUUUGCUGGAAUAUUUUUAAAGAAUGAAUAUUGUUGGAAUUGUGGAAAAGUUUUGUUUUAUCACUGCAUUUAUUCAACCAUAUCGCUCUUAUUUGUUCUCAGCCCCGGUGACUUUGUAUUGUUGUACCUGAUGCUAGUAAAUGAAAGAACAAUUCGAGCACUAUGCAAAUUCUCCACAUUCUGUGAAACUUUAUUAAUAAUACUUUUGUCUCCAUAUCAUAGAAAACAAUUGACUGAGUUAGGAAUAUUAUUAUUAUUAUCAUUAUUAUCCUUAUUAUUAUAGUGUACAACACGAGCAGUUGGUUCAUAGGUAAUAAGAAAAGAAUAAUAGAUUUAAGAAUAUUCCUCUCUUUUGCAUGAGUAUUUGUUUAUUAUAGAUAGCGCUUGAUUGUAGUCCUUUUCAUAUUGUAGGCUACAUAUUUAAAAGAAAUCGAUUUUUUAACCGAUAUCCAGGUUAACACUAAACGCGUAAAAAGUUUGUAACAGUGUUUUUCAAGUGAAGUGCUAAGGAAUGCUGCUGUGCCUUGUCAGUAAAUAUAAACUUUUAAUCCAAGAAAUGUUGUCCAUUGCCAAAUUUUGUACCUUAAAAAGAUUUAGUUUCUUUCUCUUAAAAAUAAGUUUAAAAAAAAAAAAUUUUUUUUUAAAGCAAAAAUUUUACUUUUAUGAGAAUUUAACUUCAUUUUAAAGCUGCAUUACAUUACAAGAAAUUUUUAACUUUACGCUGCACUGUCUCGAUAGGUUUGAAAAACACUGGAUCAACACGAAAUAAGGGUUCAGUACGUUACUUUAGAAUACGUUAUAAGCGGAAAAAUGAUUUGUCUAUUAUAAGAGCACGCGAACGGACCCAUUUAAAGUUGGUUCCAACGUGUUGACAAAGGCAACGUAUAGGUUUAGUGCUUUAGUUAAAAACAAAUGUAAGCAAGUGAAAGUUUUAGUAUGGUUUAGUUAAAAAAUGAUUGCGAUUUAUGAAUCGCAACGAUGCGAUUUGAAUUAAACAAAGCAUAGUUUUUGAAGGCCUUUUCCUGUUAUUAGCAAUCCUCAAAAGAAAAAAGAAAAACAAGUGCUCACAAAACAACUUCCACUCUAGCCCUCUCCACUGCGGGAGAGAAUUGUAGAUUAGAGAUCAUCCUGAUAAAGAUGGAUGGUCAUUCGCAGUAUCCUAGAAAAACCAUCUGUAAAGAUGGAGGAAAAUAAAUAUGUACAUAUUUCUGCCUGAUGUAAAUAAAUAAUUGAAUAAACUCAUAACCAACUAGUUUCUAGCUCUUGAAUGAACCGACAAUGGGAGGCGCGUUUCCUUUUUUUAUUGUAAUCGUGAUACAAGGGUAGACAUAGUUUUUAAAGACUAACAAAAAGGCAGCUACGGUUACAGUUAAAAAAUAAGUUUCAAUUAAAAUAAAACAUAUAUAUAUAUAUAUAUAUAUAUACAUGCC